AUGUUCUCGGCCAAGGCGCCCGAGGUGAAGAGGGGCGGGUCGAAGCUGUUUGAGUCGGCGGAUCAUGCGGUCGCCGACAUCAAGAGCGGGUCGACAAUUCUCAGCUCUGGUUUCGGCCUUUGUGGUGUUGCCGAAACACUCAUCACUGCCCUCCACCGCCGCGGCCCCGAAUCCCUGCACUCCCUCACGGCCGUCUCCAACAAUGCCGGCCAGGAAGGCAAGGGCGGCCUUUCGGUUCUCACCAAGGCGGGCCAAGUUAGCAGGCUGAUUCUGUCCUUCCUCGGCAACAACAAGGCUUUGGAGAAGAAAUAUUUGACGGGUGAAAUCGGCAUCGAGCUGUGCCCGCAAGGCACCCUCGCCGAGAGGAUACGCGCGGGCGGCGCCGGUAUCCCCGCCUUCUACACCCCAACGGGCGCUCACUCCCUGCUGCAGACGGGCGACAUUCCUGUGCGGCUCGAUGCCUCGGGCAAAGUACUCGAGCGAGGCAACGCUCGCGAGAGCCGAGAGUUUGGCGGCAAGACCUAUCUCAUGGAGAAGGCGCUCACGGGCGAUGUGGCUAUCCUGCGCGCCUGGAAGGUCGACGAGGCCGGCAACUGCGUCUUCCGGUACACGACCAAGGCCUUCGGUCCCAUCAUGGCCAAAGCCGCCACCCUGACCAUCGUCGAGGCCGAGAACAUUGUGCCUGCUGGCGCCAUUGAUCCCAACGACGUCGAUCUCCCCGGCAUCUAUGUCGAUCGCAUUGUGCCGGCGACGGCCGAGAAGAAUAUUGAGAUCCUCAAGACACAAGAGUCCCUCGCAUCGCCCCCCGGUUCGCCAUCCUCAACCUCCUCCUCAGCGAGCGCUGCCCAGACGCGCCGUGACCGCAUCGCUAAGCGCGCGGCGAAAGAGCUCAAGGAGGGCUUUUAUGUCAAUCUUGGCGUCGGUUUGCCAACGCUGGCGCCAUCUUUCCUUCCCAAGGGCGCCAAUGUCUGGCUGCAGUCGGAGAACGGUAUCCUUGGCAUGGGCCCUUACCCUGCUACGGCAGCCGACGCCGACGCCGAUAUCGUCAACGCUGGCAAGGAGACUGUCACGCUCGUUCCCGGUGCCGCAACGUUCGACAGCGCCGAGUCCUUCGGCAUGAUCCGCGGCGGGCAUGUCGAUGUGUCGAUCCUCGGCGCACUGCAGGUCAGCGCCUCGGGCGACCUGGCCAACUACAUGAUUCCAGGCAAGGUCAUGAAGGGCAUGGGUGGUGCGAUGGAUCUGGUCUCCAAUCCUGAAGGCACCAAGAUUGUCGUCGCCACCGAGCACGUGGCCAAGGAUGGAAGCGCCAAGGUGGUUCAGAGCUGCAGCUUGCCGCUGACGGGUGCUAACGUUGUGAGCACCAUCAUCACAGACCUUUGCGUGUUUGAAGUGGACCGGGAGGCCGGCAAAUUGACGUUGACGGAGAUUGCGCCGGGCGUUGAGCUUGAAGAGGUUCAGGCCAAGACUGACGCACAGUUCACCGUGGCCAAGGAUCUGAAGGUUAUGGAGUAA